GGCAACCCAAAGCACUUCAGACGUGUUCAAAGGAGUGCGGUGGUUUCAGUUCAGAGAUAGCGGCGAAGCGGAUAAGGAGCUACCGCAGGGCUGAACCCGGCUGCCGCAAACCAGCCGUCAUACUGGUUACGGUGAAGUCUGUGGAGAUUUGUGCAGACCCAGCGGCAGAGUGGGUGAAGAAGAUCGUGAAGAAGCUGGACCAGAAAAAGGCUGCAGCCUCCCUGCUUCCACAUGAUGCCCCCUCGACAGCGGCACCCCAACAGCCCGGUGUUUUUCAGAAACACGUUGGUCUUACCAUAACAGCUCCAUCUCAGUCCACUGCCCCAGCUAGUGACUCCCAAGGGACUGGCACAAGAGUCUGGGAGAGAACACACGUUCCUGCUGCUGGGAUGGAGGUGAGCAGCCAGACCCCACCAGCCGUGCAGGACACCAGCCGGCUCCCUGCAGGGGCGUCCCCCGUGAUACGGGAAGGUGAUGCCCACUCUGAAGUCACUCCAGAAGCAAACAGAAGUUCCUUAAAAUCUCCUCUACCUUCAACAACUGUGGCAGCAGGCAUGGUCUCCAGCCAGCCCACCCCAUAUCCCACGGCACUUGUCCGUGGCUUUGACAACAUCGUAGGCUCUGCGGAAGAACCUGUGGGACAUACCGCAAAUGCUACAGCCGACGUUCGAGACGCGGCUUCUCCCAGCUCACAUGCAGACCCCAUGGCCAUUACUGAAGGAUCACACCGUCCUGUACUUCCUACAGAUGAAUCCCUGGACCCUACAAGUGCAGGAGCCAUCGCACCAGACACUGGUUCCAGCAGUGUGAGCUCCGACCUCCCCUCCACCCUGCCCGCAACUGAGAUCACCACAGUCCCAGCCACACCGCUUCCACCAGCCACUGCUUCAGCUUCCACUCAAAACUCCACAACAGCCAUAGGCAAAGGUCCUUCUGGCCGUACCGACGAGGUUGUCAGUUCCUCUGCAGGUGCUUUUGGUACUAGAACAUUCGAUUUUUCACCACCUGUAGGAAAGCGAGAGCCCUCGGAUACGUUAGUUUUCACUAGUCAAGCAUUCUCAGGCCAAGCCAGAGUGCGGAUGACUACGGACAGACCAAACGGUCUGCCUCUUCCCAGCUUCUCGUCAAGAUCUCAGAUGCACUUUGUCAUCCCAGUUUCUGUGGUAGGUGGUCUGAUGGCUUGCAGUGUUGCUGCUGUAUGGCUUUAUCUAAAAUUCGGCGUCAAAACAGAGGAAAUGUCAAGAGAAAUGGUACAGGGCUUGCUCUACCAGCAUAAGGGGCAUCAAAACAAUGUCUAUCCCAUGGAAGUAAUCUGA